ACCCCAGCAUUUUAGAAUCAAAACAAAGCGCAAAAAAAUAUUUUCCCGAUUGUUUCUGCAGAAAAUACGCAGUUUUAUCGAAUUUAUUCUGUUUCGGUGUCCACAAAACGGCUUCAAGAUUGAUUCCUCAAUAAUGGUGUCCACUCGGGGCCAUAAGUACAAGUUUAUGGAUGGGGAGAAAGUGCUCUGUUACGAACCGGACCCCACAAAGGCGAAAGUGCUGUACGAUUCCAAGGUUUUAGAUGUUUCCGAGGGUAAAGACAAACGAGGAAGACGCGUGAUUGAGUAUCUUAUUCACUUCCAAGGAUGGAACUCUUCCUGGGACCGUAAGGUCAGUGAGGACUUCCUCCUUAAGGACACCGAAGAGAAUCGCCAGUUGCAGAAAGAUUUGGCGGAAAAAUCGCAGCUUUAUCAAGGUACUUAUUUGUAUCGUAAAGAACGUAAAAAGCAAAGAGAGAAAAGUUUAACGGCACGCAUCGAAAGUUUGACGGCAAGUACUCAGAAAAUGCCGAAUCUGGCCUCUUCUGAAGAUGGCAGCUCCUGCAGUAACGGUUUCGGUCGAGAAGAGACAGAUUUCACUACUACUACUACUACUACUAUUGACGCAAAUUUAGACCCUGAUACGGAAUACUACAGCAGCUCCGUGGAAAGCAAUCACGAAGAGGAAAAGGUUUAUGUUCAAUUUGGUGACAAACUGAAGCGACUGCUUGAGUUUGAUUAUCGAAUGAUAGCGCAGAAUAAUCUUAUCGAAGUUCCGGCUCAGCUUCCGAUCGUUACAAUCCUGGAGAACUUUGUGCGGCACUAUACAAUUCGGCAGCUGUUCGAGAUUGGUCAAGAACAGACGAAGCUGCGCCGGCGAAAUAGUUCUUUCAUGAGAGGAGAUCAAAAAACAAAAGACUACGAAGCAAUUCGUACAAACAUUGAACUUUGCAAGGAGGUGGCCGACGGUUUACGGUUGUACUUUGACUUUACUCUGAAGGAUUAUUUGCUCUAUCCACAAGAGCGACAGCAGGCCGAGUUGGUUCUCUCGCCUGAGUAUUUGAAUAAUUUCACUUACGUUGCGUCACCUAGUUUCUCACUGGAUUUGUUAACCACACGAUUGGAAUCUCCGGUCGUUGAUCCUGCUAUUGAUCACGCUGAAGCAGCGAUAUCUAGUGCUGGUUUGACAGCUGCUCAGGAAGAGAAGAAACGGCGGCGAUUGCGUUCGCACAAGAAUGAGGAAAAUGAAUUUAUGCUCGAUUUAAGUUCGAUUAAACCGGAAACACUAACGCCAGGGGCACCACAGGCACUAGCUUAUUCGCUACUGAAAGCUUCGUUUCGUUCGAGCAUCACAAUUUCAUUCCAAACUAAGGAAAUUCUAGAUGAUUCUUUCGCGUGGAAAAUUCUGCCAUCGGAUGCCCCAGCCGAGCCGUCGAUGAUUUACGGUGCAACUCAUCUAGCGCGGCUAAUCGUGAAACUGCCGGAGUUUCUUUCGGCUACAGCCAUGGCGGACGAGAAUCUAAAGCUACUGCUCAAGUUCCUCGACUGUUUUGCCGAAUUUAUCGAAGAACACGACGAAUGGUUUGGCAGGGAGAUGUACAUCGACAAGGCUGGUCUGGUGGAUUUGGUUAAACUGGAGGAGGGUAUGCAGCUGGCUAUGGGUUCGAGUGAGCUGAGCUGCAUUCAGAUUAAGGAAGAAGAUCUGGAGCUGCACGAUGUUGGCAUAAUGGCCGGACCAUUGCUGUCCGAUGUGAAGGUGGAAUCAGCGUCAUUGAUACCUUGAAUAAAUUUUAAAAUAAGUGGUAUUGCUAUCAA